GGGGCUUCAAUGGUAGCUCCACUCCCAGCCUGGGGAGUUAAAAUAUAUGCUCCGGACGGGGAGCAGACCUCAUCUGCGUUACCCACAACAAUGUGGGCUCAAGUCCUGCUGGGAAUAUUGGCUCUAUCACCAGCGAUUGCAGAACAACUCCUUCCAAACUACCUGGUGACAUUACCAGCCCAACUUCACUUUCCCUCUACUCAGAAGGUUUGUUUGGAUCUGAGCCCUGGGUACUAUGAUGUAAAAUUCACGGUUACUCUGGAGACCAAGAACAAGGCCCAGAAGUUGCUAGAACACCGUGGAAUGAGGAAGAGGCACUUACACUGCAUGUCCUUUUUGGUACCGCCUCCUGCAGGUGGAACAGAAGAAGUGGCUACAGUCCGGGUGUCAGGAACUGGAAAUAACAUCAGCUUUGAGGAAAAGAAAACGGUUUUAAUUCAGAGGCAGGGGCAUGGCACCUUUGUGCAAACUGACAAACCCAUCUACAAGCCGGGGCAGCGAGUGCACUUCCGCAUCGUCACCCUGGACAGCAACUUUGUUCCAGUGAAUGACAAGUAUUCUAUGGUGGAACUGCAGGAUCCAAAUAACAACAGGAUUGCACAGUGGCUGGAAGUGGUGCCCGAGCAAGGCAUUGUGCAGCUAUCCUUCCAACUGGCACCAGAGGCAACGCUGGGCACCUACACAGUGGCAGUGGCUGAGGGCAAGACCUUCGGCACCUUCAGUGUGGAAGAAUAUGUGCUGCCUAAGUUCAAGGUGGAAGUGGUCGAGCCCAGGCAGUUAUCAACCAUGGAGGAAUCUUUCUUAGUAAAAAUUUGUUGUAGGUACACCUAUGGAAAACCUAUGCUAGGGGCAGUGCAAGUAUCAGUGUGUCAAAAGGCACAUAACUACUGGUUUGGAGAGGCAGAAAGGAAACAGCUACCUGACAAGUGCAGGAACCUCUCUGGACAGACGGACAAAGCAGGAUGCUUCUCAGCUUCUGUGCACAUGUCCACCUUCAACCUCACUGGCUAUAUGUACAGACACAGCAUCAAUAUUGUGACUACUGUGGUGGAGGAAGGGACAGGCGUGGAGGCCAAUGGCACUCAGGAAAUCUACAUUUCUUCACAAAUAGGAUCAAUGACCUUUGAAGACACCAAUAAUUAUUAUUACCCCAAUUUUCCCUUCAGUGGGAAGAUAAGAGUUAGGGGCCAUGAUGGGUCCCUUCUCAAGAAUCAUGAAGUGUUUCUGAUGAUUUCGGGCAUAAAUGCAACCAUCAACCACACCUUAGUUACUGACAACGAAGGCCUCGCUUCCUUCAAGCUGGAUACGGUUCAUUGGAAUGGGACAGACAUUUCUCUGCAGGGCAGGUUCCAAAAGGAAGAUUCAGUAUAUAAUCCAGAACAGGUGCCUCGAUACUAUCAGGAUGCCUACCUGCACCUGCAACCCUUCUACAAUACAACACACAGCUUCCUCAGAAUCAACCGGCUAAAUGGCACCUUGCAAUGUGGGCAGCCCCAGGAAGUGCUGGUGGAGUAUGACAUUAAUCCAGCUGAUGCAAACCCUGACCAGGAAAUCACCUUCUCCUACUAUUUAAUAGGGAAAGGACGUUUGGAGAUGGAGGGGCAGAAACACAUGAACUCCAAAAAGAAAGGACUGAAAGGCUCCUUCUCUCUCUCACUGACCAUCAAUUCCAGGCUUGCCCCUGAUGCUUCUUUGGUGGUCUAUGCCAUUUUCUCCAGUGGAGGUGUUAUAGCUGACAAAAUUCAGUUCUCAGUAGAGAUGUGCUUUGACAAUAAGGUUUCCCUUGGCUUCUCACCUUCCCAGCAGCUUCCAGGAUCAGAUGUGGACCUACAGCUGCAGGCAGCUCCAGGGUCCCUUUGUGCCAUCCGAGCUGUGGAUGAGAGUGUCUUACUACUUAGGCCAGAGAGAGAGCUGAGUAACCACUCUGUCUAUGGGAUGUUCCCAUUCUGGUAUGGUUACUACCCCUAUCAGGUGGAUGAAUAUGAUGAGUGUCCAGUGUCUGGCCCAACGGACCUUCCUCAGAGCAGGCGUUCGGUUAUGCCGAGAUAUUGGUUCUCUAGAGGCAUGGACCUUUUCAGGUUUUUUCAGAACAUGGGACUGAAAAUACUGUCCAACGCCAAAGUCAAGAAGCCAGUUGACUGCAGUCACCAUUCUCCAGAAUAUGGUAGAGUAAUUGGUGGAAGCUCCUUAGAAAGUGAUCGUAAUACUCCACUGGCUUUUGGGUCCUCAUCUUCAUCAAUUCCAUCAGAGGAUUCUCAGGUUCGCCAGUACUUCCCAGAGACGUGGCUCUGGGAUCUGCUUCCUAUUGGUAACUCGGGGAAGGAGGCCGUCCACCUCACUGUUCCUGAUACCAUCACCAAGUGGAAGGCCAUGACUUUUUGUACCUCCCAGUCCAGUGGCUUUGGUCUUUCACCCACUGUUGGACUAACUGCAUUCAAGCCAUUCUUUGUAGAUCUGACUCUCCCUUACUCAGUAGUUCGUGGGGAAUCCUUUCGUCUUACUGCCACCAUCUUCAAUUAUCUAAAGGAUUGCAUCACGGUUCAGACAAACCUGGCCAACUCAGAGGAGUACCGGGUGGAAUCACGGACAGAUUCUCACGCUUCCAGCUGUCUCUGUGCUGAUGAAGCGAAAACCUAUCACUGGACUAUCACAGCCAUCAGACUGGGUCAUGUGAACUUUACUAUCAGUACUAAGAUUCUGGACAGCAACGAACUCUGUGGGGGCCAGAAAGGGUUUGUUCCAGCAAAGGGCGGGAGCGACACACUCAUCAAACCAGUUCUGGUCAAGAUAGAACUAUGGCACCCUCACCUAGAAAUCCCCCUUCAUGCCAUGCUUCCCUCUUUACCCAAUAGGCUGACAGCCUUUGUCACCAAAUGCUUUGGCCAAGCUCGGGAAUUCAUCUUCAUUGAUGACAAGAACAUCCAGGAUGCUCUCAAGUGGAUGGCGGGAAAUCAGCUCCCCAGCGGCUGCUAUGCCAAUGUGGGAAAGCUUAUGCACACAGCUAUGAAGGUACAGAUCUGCCCAGGCCCUGACCCAAUGGUGAGUCGGGGACUGCAGUGUCUCAGGAAUUCUGUCUCCUCCACCACCAACCUCUACACACUGGCCCUACUAGCUUAUACUUUCUCUCUGGCUGGGGCGAUGGACAUCAGAGACGUUCUUCUGGAACAGUUAGAGCAGCAGGCUAUCAUCUCAGGAGAGUCCAUUCACUGGAGCCAAAAACCUACUCAGCCAUCGGAUGCCAGUCCUUGGUCUAAGAUGGAGGCUGUAGAUGUGGAACUAACGGCAUAUGUAUUGCUGGCUUGGCUUAGCAAAGCCAAUCUGACUCAAGUAAAGAGGACAUGUAUAAGUAUGGAUAAAUUUUAUAUUAAAUCAGAAAGCCAGUUAUGGGGGCUAAAGAUUAAUCUGUUACUUGGUGUAUGGGAUGAUUUAGAGGUGGGAAAUACUGGAUUUGAAGAGAUCAAGAGGUUAUUUAGAUUAAGGACGGUGCUGAGAUACAAUAUUUUCCCUCCUAAAAAUGUGGAGACCUUUAGUCUUAGUGUGGAAAUGGGAAAAGCUAGAUGUGAUCAACCAACUUCACCUCGAUCCUUGACUCUCACUAUCCGCACAAGUUAUGUGGGCAGUCGCAGCUCUUCCAAUAUGGCCAUUGUGGAAGUGAAGAUGCUUUCUGGGUUCAAUCCCAUGGAGGGCACCGAUCAGUUACUUCUCCAGCAACCACUGGUAAAGAAGAUUGAAUCUGGAACUGACACACUUAACAUUUACUUGGAAGAGCUCAGUAAGAAGACUCAGACCUAUACCUUCACCAUCAGCCAAAGUGUGUUAGUCACCAACCUGAAACCAGCAACGAUCAGAGUCUAUGAUUACUACCUACCAGAUGAACAAGCAAUAAUUCAGUAUUCUGAUCCCUGUGAAUGAGGACAGAAGUUGGGAAGAAACUGCAUCAAUCCCCUGUGACAUUAUUGGACAGCAUUCUUCUACCUCCUAAAGCAGAACUCAUUCCAUCAGAUAAUUGGAUUUCUCUGAUUGUCUAGUGAGUGGGUAACAGAUGAGCCCGCCUAGAGCCCAGCUACUUCUGACUACUUCACAGAUACUUAUAUGCCAAAAUAAAGGGUUGGGGGAGAAGGGCUAGGAAUGGUCACAGGAAAUAGCAAUCACAGAGGAAAGAUUGUUGGGGGAGAUGUGGUUUAGCCAGUUAGGGGACGCUCCAGAGAGGAGAUGGUGGUAGAGAGUGGUACAGGGAGGAUAAGGAUGUCUUCCUAGAGGUGAAAUCUAAGGGAAGAUGUAAUUUAGGGCUUUGGGAGUAGACUAAAUAAAUAAAUAAAUCUUCUUUUCUUGAAAAGAAAA